ACGUGUUCAGAACAAAAGUCGUUCACGAGAUCUUGCAAUUAUGGAAGCCGUAAAGAUAUUGUUUGUGCUGAGUUUAAUAUUAGAAUGUUGUAACUGUUGGGUAAACAAAUUUGAUCAGCCAGUAUCGUAUGAAUGUCCCCUCGGACAAGUGCUUACUAAAAUAUCCAGUCAACAUAAUAAUUAUUACGAGGACAGACAAUGGGAUUUCCAGUGCGCCUACUCAUGUGCUUUGGCCACAUCGAAUUCAUGUAAAUGGACCAACAAAGUUAAUACAUAUGAUCAUGUGAUGAACUUUAAAUGUCCAUCAGGGGGUGCAAUAACCGGUAUCAGGAGUAUCCAUAACAACUAUUAUGAGGAUAGAGUGUUCGACAUCAAAUGCUGUGAUGUGAUCAAACCGCCUGCUUCAUGUUUAUGGACAAAGUUUGAAAAUAGUUAUGAUGGCCGCCUUGAUUAUACAAUUGCAGCCAAUAGAUACCUAAAUGGGAUAUACAGCGUGCACAAUAAUCAUUAUGAAGAUCGACGUUUUAAAUUCAAUGAAUGCGACCUUCCGAAAUGAUGAUUUGCAUGCGCAAGACUCUUUUUAAGAGAUUGAUCAAUAAAGAUGCAUUUUA